GCGUUGUCGAGCACCUGUUGCACACGACUGGAUGCCGCACCAUGUUUGCCACGCAUUACGACUCGCUCGUCGAAGAGUACUUGGACCUCUCCCUCGGCCACAUAAACUGCAUGGUGGACCCGACCAACGAACUCGUAUUCUUGUACAAACUGACCGACGGAAUAUGCCCCAAGAGUUAUGGGCUGAACGUGUGGAAGCGAUUGACGUGGCGGCGGCCAUGUUGA